UACUGAAUGCGGUUCGGUUGCAGAAGCAGCUGGAGAUGGACGGUGCGUCGGCGGCAAGUGCAUCGAAGGAAACGGGUACGGGAAGCAGUGACACGGCUUCUACCUCCUAUCAGCAGUAUCCUGAAAUGAGUGCGGAGCAAGAGUUCUUCUUAUACGAACUGGAAACGACAGAUUCGGGUAGUGUGGGCUUGGUGCUCAGAGCGAUCUAUGAUUGUGGCGACGUCCACAAGUUUGCUCGUGCUCUUGAACAUCGUAUUCAUCACUACGAUAAAAGUAUCCAGAGAAUUUGUUCCUAUCAUUAUCAAGGAUACAUUGAUUCAAUGAAACAGUUGUUGCAGUUGAAAACGCGGAGUUUGGAAAUCAAGGCAAUAGAGGACGUGAAUGCGGUUGAUCGUACCAUCCAAGAGAGUAGCAAUGAGAUACGGAAGCGGAGUGCCGAAAUUGUCCGUUAUCAAAAGUUGCAAAGGAACGCGAACACUGCCAUCGACCAUAUCUCUUUAUGCUUACCGGUGCUGGAGAAUUAUGCAAAAUUAAACGAGCUUAUGCUACAUAAAAAGUAUUACCAGGCGCUGAAAGUUCUUGAAGAACUAGAGCACACCUACAUGGUCCAUGUGGAUAACUAUCGCUUUACGCAGGCGCUCAAAAAGUCCCUUUUUCCCAUUCGGGAACAGAUCAAAGAGAAAUCGUUCUCAGAAUUCACUGAUUUCCUUGAAAAUAUUCGGAAAGUUUCUGGACGUAUUGGGCAGCACGCAUCCAAGUGCACCGCAGAACAGCAUUCCCUAUCCAUAUUAAUUCAUGUGAGUCUUUCUACAACUACUUUAUUUGCCAUUUUGCAACUUAAGAAGAAUUUUUACAGGUAUUAUCAGGCGCUGAAAGUUCUUGAGGAACUAGAGCACACCUACAUGGUCCAUGUGGAUAACUAUCGCUUUACGCAGGCACUCAAAAAGUCCCUUUUUCCCAUUCGGGAACAGAUCAAAGAGAAAUCGUUCUCAGAAUUCACUGAUUUCCUUGAAAAUAUUCGGAAAGUUUCUGGACGCAUUGGGCAGCACGCAUCCAAGUGCACCGCAGAACAGCAUUCGUUCGGCAUGACCGAAGCGGAACGUACGAAAAGAAUGCAGGAAGAAGCGAGAAAAAAUGCUCUGAAUGGGGAUGUUGAACUGUCAUCCGAUGGUUCAAUUAUCAAGAAAACUGAUGACAAAACUCAACGAAAAAUUGUGCAAAUGCCUAUUCUGGACGAGGACGAGCUACUCAGUGCCCAGGACCUUAUAGAUUUCACGCCAAUUCAUCGGUGCUGUCAAAUCUUCAACGUCAUUGUGAGAAACUUUUUAAAAGUUUUUUAUACCGAUGUAAUGCAAAAACGCAUAUUGUCGAGGGGUUGUCUGUGUGUGUUUGUGUCUGUGUGUUCGUCUGUACCGAUCUUUCAUCUCGAGACUUGCAAAAGUUAG